AUGGACGCGCCGAGCGGCGAGAGCGGCGGCGGCGGUGGUGGCAGGAGGUGGAAAGGGAAGGGGGUGACGCCCAUACAGCCGCGGCGGCAGCUGGGGACGGUUUUGGAGGACGCGUCCGUGGCAUUGCUGCGGCCGCUCAAGAAGAUCGGGCGGAGCCCCGACCGCCUCCACCGCUCCGCGUCGUCGCUCUCCACGUCCUCGUCGGCCCCGCCUUCGCCUCGCUCUUCUUCGGCUUCCGACGCUCCAGCCGGCGUCAUACUGUCAUCACCGCCGCCGCCGUCGGCGCGACACAUCUUCCCCUUCGCGUACGAGGCCUCCGCGGCGGCGGGUGGUGGGAGCCCGAGGCUCCACUCGAUGUGGCAGCAGUCCAGCGUGUCCCUGCCGACGUCGCCACAGCAGCAGCAGCCGUUGCAGCACCAGCAGAUGAUAUCGUUCGGCGCGUCGCCUCCGUGCUCGACGACGCAGUUCGUCGUCCCGGAGAACGCGCAGCAGCAGCAGAUGCUGCUCCGGUACUGGAGCGAGGCGCUGAACCUGAGCCCGCGCGGUGGACCUGGAGGCUUGCCACCGUGGCUGUACCAGCAGCUGCUCCGGGCCCCGCCACCGCCGCAGAAGCUUUACCGCGGUGUCCGUCAGAGGCACUGGGGGAAGUGGGUCGCGGAGAUCCGCCUGCCACGAAACCGCACGCGCCUGUGGCUCGGCACCUUCGACACCGCCGAGGACGCCGCCAUGGCGUACGACCGCGAGGCCUUCAAGCUCCGCGGCGAGAACGCGCGGCUCAACUUCCCGGACCGGUUCCUUGGGAAGGGCCGCGCCGGCGGGAGCGGUCGCACCAGCGUAAGCUCCGCGGCCGCCCUAUCCGUUGCCGCCGCGUCGUGCUCGUCGUCCUCGCCAUCGCCUCCGGAGACACCUGGCGAGCCAAACACGCAGCAAGCUCCCCAGCAGCAGGAACAACAGCGUGAUCCGGCAGGAUUGUCCAUGGAGAAACAGCCACAGCCUCCGGCUCCAACCUCUCGUCAAGAAGGCUGCUCUAGCGACAACACAGCUGCGCCGUACUCGGCUGAAAUGCUUCACGCGCCGGUGGCGUCCGCGUCCGGGUCCGGCGGCAUGUGGGUUCCUCCCGACGAGUCAUGGUUCAGCACGUGGGGCCCUGGCAGCUCCUUCUGGGACGACUACGAUAUGGACAACGCUCGCGGCCUCUUCCUCCACCCUCGCUUCUCCAGCGAUGAAACUAGCAUGGAUCAUUCCGGCACGCAAGGAACGGUGCCGGCAACGGCAGCAGGGAUUGACAUGGCAUGCGAUGAUGUUCCGGUAACCUCUUCUUCUUCGGAUCUCCCUCCCAAUGGGACGAUCUCAGACUCCUAGUCCUACCUAGCUUCACGUCGAAGGAUUAAGCAUGCAUAGAUGCACACAGCCAAACACCUCGACGAUCUAUUCCAUUGCUCAUCGACUUCCCUCACAAAGUAUGACUGGGGUAGAGAUGCUUGCAGAUUGCAGUUUUAAAGACAAUUUGCAGCAUCAGACAGCUCUACGUACGUACUACAGCAACUACUUGGCCACACCUCUUAUCAAUUCUGAAGACUUUCUGAACCAUAAUUCACAAGGGAACCCUGUUCUCGGCUGCGAUUUUUAGGUCAGCUGGUUGGGGUGACCAUGGUACAAUUCCCUUUAUUUCGUAUCUCUCCCAAGAUUGUGUGUGUCAGAUAUUCGUUAAACUCGACUUCAAAAGUUUUGAAGUAUUCAUCUUUCCUUUUACUCACUCGAUAGCUUUGUUGAUCUAAUUAGGUAUUCAUUACUGGGCUAUGAGAUUACUACUUUACUAGAAUAAUUUCAUGCAUAUGUAUGUGUUCAGAUGAUUAGUUUCACUUAGAUUUAUUUUCAUGUAUCUGGAACGUCUCUGGCAUUCCACUGUUUUAUGUACUCUGACUCUGGCAUUCCACUGAUAUCUGUUUCUAAAGAUACUUAGGCCGCGCCACGUUCGGCCUAAGUUAGAGUUCCCUUAUUUUUCG